AAGUACGCAUAUUGAUAAACGCCCACGUUCAUGUGGACACGGGGAGAGUACAGUAGGUGGCGCUGUUCGACAGUGAUGCGGCUUCUUAUAAUUCGAAGAAGAAAUGCGGAGUUUCUUCUUCCUGUGUGGCGCGUACAGAGGAGCGUGUACAGGUUGUUGACAUGGCACACUGAUGUCGGCGUGUGUCACACUCGUGUCCGCUCGCCGUGCCGUGGCGCCGGCAUGUUUGUGGGCUGGAUGGAGCGGGUGGAGGAAAGCGUGUACCGGGGGAUUCAGGCUGGUCCCGUCCAGAGCCCGCAGCGGGACACGGCCCGGGGCUGCAGGGAAGCUGUUGCGGGAUGGAGAGGACAGGAAAGCAGUGAUCUGUGUUGAGGGGAACAUUGCCAGUGGGAAGACAACAUGUCUGGAAUAUUUCAGCAAAACCAGCAGCAUCGAGGUCCUUACAGAGCCAAUCUCUAAGUGGAGAGAUGUCCGAGGGCACAACCCUCUGGCUUUAAUGUACCAGGAUCCUCAGCGCUGGGGCAUCACGCUACAGACCUACGUUCAGCUCACUAUGCUGGAUCGACACCUGUCAGCUGUGGCAGCUCCUGUUAGGAUGAUGGAGAGAUCUAUCUUCAGCGCCAAGUACAUCUUUGUGGAGAAUCUCUUCAGAAGUGGGAAAAUGCCAGAGGUGGACUAUGCUGUUCUCAGCGAGUGGUUUGACUGGAUUACAGCUAACAUUUGCAUUCCUGUUGAUCUCAUUGUUUACCUGCAGACGUCUCCUCAGACCUGCCAUGAAAGGUUAAAGCAGCGAUGCAGAGAAGAGGAGAAAGUCAUUCCACUGGAGUAUCUUGAGUCCAUUCACCAGCUUUAUGAGGAGUGGCUAAUAAGGCGUACCUCCUGGCCUGUUCCUGCUCCUGUGUUGGUGAUUCCUGCUGACCACAACCUGCAGAGGAUGCAGCACCAGUACGAAGAGAACCGAGCCAAGAUCCUAGCAGCAAGUCUCUGAUGCUCGAACACACACUCAUGCUAACCCCGACCUGACAGGAAGCUGUUACAGCACCUUUUUUAAGCUGUUUCUGAUCUUACACCUCGUCACAUGUGACAUUUUUGUAUGCACUCCCAGUUCAGCCAUUCCUAUUCAUAAAGACCAAUCUCAGUACAUUUAAUUGCAAAGUAUUAAAGUAAAAUGUAAUCGAUGUGCUCACAAGAAACUAUUGAGAAACUGACCAUGAGAGCGGAUCAUUCCAGUGCUCGAGCCAAAGCCUGUCAGCUUUCAAAGGUGCUGCGCGCUCAGGCUGGUCCUUGGAUCCUUGGAUCUUAUCUGCUGUGUUUUUCCUGAGUCUGAGGAAGUGUGUAAGUGAAAACUCUUCAUACAGAACAAGUUCAGUGACAGCGUUGUGUCACUUCAGACCAUGAGUUAUAAGUCCUGGUCUGAUCAUCACUCCUCUGUCCUUUACCUGCCUGCCUCUGCUCUGCCACCUGAAUAAAGGAGCCUAUUUCCAUGAAAACAACAUUUAGUCAGUGUUUGAACAGGCUGUGUGAUCCGGCACUUUUAAUGACAUGAAGCUCAACCUGUGAAAAAUCUGCUGCAGCCUGACGUCCUGGAGCCUUGAACUCAGGGACACGUUGGAGCUUCCUGAGUGAUGCUGUGGGCUCUCUGCCUUCUCUUUCCUUACCCGGAUGAUUGAGCGUGCUUAAAGACUCACUGCCAGGUCACAUGACUGAUCAGUCGAGUUUACAGCGCUUGAAGGAUCAAGCACUAACAGAGUAUUUCCAGAGUUGGCUGCAUUGUGUUAGGAAUAAAAUGAUUAAAGCAGUUUUUGUGAUUUUUUUUUAUACACUUUGCAAUUGUGCUCAUUAAGAGUUGGCACUCUGUGUAAUAAAAGUCAAAAGCAUCAAUUAAACAAUAUGAUUGAACUGAAUUAUUGAGACUGACGUGUUGACUGCAGAGGGAUUAGCAAACUGCUUACACAUCAGUUAAAGUCAGGGUGAUAUUUUUCUGGGCUGUGGGAGGCCCAACAGACUUGGAUAAUAAAUAGAAAACUAGUCUUGGGGCUGCAAGUAUAAAGCAGCUUGAGCUUAAACAUUGCUGUGAUUUGGUGCUAUAAAUAAACAUAAGGUGACAGCUUUUAACCAAAGGAAAAAAAUGACCCAAACUAUUGUUUGUCCUCCAUCCAGAUCCACCAACAGAAGAUGUGCCAUUAGUUACCUCAGACCACAGAGGCAGCAUGCAUAGACAUGUUUUUGCACUGCACCACUUUACUUAGACAUCACCCUUCCAUCCAACACAUAUAAUG